AUGUUCAUCGAACACUCAAAUCAUCACCCAACUGUCUUCCUGGUCCUCAGCCUCAUUCGAAUUCCCAUCGUCACUGUCGUUGUUGACAUGAGGAACAGGUCGGCGGAUCAUGGCGGCAUGAGGGUUUGGAUGGCUACAAGCGAAAAAAUGUUGGCUUCGACAACGGCAAGCAACGACCUGUAUGCUCUGACCAUUGCAAAUGAAGCAAUGCAUCGAGGAUCCACCAUCUCUGUUGUCGCUUGA